AUGGGCACUAAGGGUAUUAGCUGUGCUCGAGCGAUCAGAGGUUUACAGUCGCCGAUCCAAGCAGAUUCAGGUUCCUGCACAUCACUGAACAUAUGUGACGUCACUUGCCCUCCUAAAACCCUCAAUCGGGCCGAUCUGCAGCAAAACCUAAUACCUCUGCAAAACCCCAGAAAACACGCACACAGCCUCUCUCACCCCCUUUCUCUCAUCCUCCGUCGGGUCGCCGGAACCCGAACCCAGACAUCCGCCAUGGCCUACCAACAUCGAGCCUCAGAUCAAAGCAGCUCCGCCGACGAGAACACCUCGAACCGCCGUCUCUACAAUCCCUACCAAGACCUGCACCUCCCGUCACAAACUCUGUACAAUCUGCCGACAUCACCGGAGUUUCUCUUCCAGGAGGAGUCCGUCGCACAGCGCCGCUCCUGGGGCGAGAACCUCACCUACUACACGGGGAUCGGCUACCUAGCCGGCGCGACCGCGGGCGCCGCCAAGGGUUUCGCCACCGGCGUCCGGGCGAUCGAGCCGACCGACACCCUGAAGCUGAAGAUUAAUCGGAUCCUUAACGGGUCGGGCCUCGCGGGGAGGCAGAUCGGGAACAGGUGCGGCGUGAUUGGGUUGAUGUACGCCGGACUCGAGAGCGGCAUGGUUGCCGUCCGGGGCACGGACGACGUCGCCAACAGCGUGGCGGCGGGUCUUGCCACUGGCGCGCUCUACAAGGCGGCGGCGGGGCCCAAGUCGGCGGCGGUGGCGGGGGCCAUUGGGGGCGUGGUUGUGGGGUGUGCGGUGGCUGGGAAGCAAGCUCUGAAACGUUAUGUGCCGAUUUAA